AUGGGCGUUUCGUGGUCGGGAUGCUCGCAACGGACGUCUUCUGGAGCCGACGUCGCGUCCGAAAAUGAGGACAUCAUCACGAAUCACACCGAGGAUUCGGACGCCGAUUCCGAAGAAGAUAUUUCCGAAGAAUUUUCGCUCGAUUCGGACGAUGAAAUCGACGAGGAGAAGUCAGAAAAUCACGAAAGAGGCGAGUUUUCCAGACUUUUUCCGGGAAUUUCCAAAACUUUCAGCGGAAAUUCUGCAAAACGCGAUCGGAUCGUUCGAAAUGAGCGAGGUGCGCAUCGGCGGGCUCGUUCGCUUUCAUUCAAAGGUUUGUAUUAAAACAAAAGGGCUCGCCAAGACUUUUCAUAAAAUUUUCAGGGUCCCGCGUGUGAUCGAACCCAAGAUUUCUGGCAGCAAAUCAUCGAAAAACGCAUUCACACCGUUUUCAUGUGUUGCGACUUUUUUAAAGGUGAAUUUUUUGGGAGAAAACCAAUGAUUUUUCGAUAAAUUGAAGGCGACGAACGCAUUUGCGGUCAGUACGUUCCGGCGGAGAGCCGAAUCGGACAAAGAUGCGGGAUUUACACGGUCGAAAGGAUCGGAAACGUGACGAGUCUGUCGGUGAACCUCCGACGGCAGCAGUUGCUCGUUUACCGUAUUGACAGGUAUCUGCCACCGAUUUUUCGUUUUUCACAUCGCUUCGGCGGGUUUUUGUGUUUUCUGACAUUGAGAAAACGGAAAAAAAAUAUCGAUCUGCAAAAUUGCUCUGUUUUUCUUUGAAAUAUCGAUUUGAAAAUUCAAUUUUUCAGUGCUUCGAGAAGCGAUUACAAGCAUCACGUGAUGCACUUUCAGCAGAUUCCACUCAAAUUCAAAGAGAACGAAACAGAGGGAGACGGAUUGAAAUUCGAUUUGAAUCAGUCGGCCAGGAACUUUGAAAUGGUCGCCAAUAUGGCCGAUCGACAGGUAAAAUUUACAGAAAAUUGGCGGAAAAUGAAGCCAUUUUCCAGGCGAAUCCGCAAAUUCUUCUACACGAUUCGUGGAAUUCGGACAAGAUUUUGGAGUGGAAAACUGUCGAAUAA